AUGGGCGUGAAGGGACUGUGGUCGAUUGUGGCCCCCGUGGGGGUGAGGGUGAACCCGGAGAUCUUCACAGGGAAGCGAAUCGCCAUCGAUGUGAGCAUUUGGCUAUACGAACUGACAUACGCAAAUAAUCUUAAGGUGUUACGAAAUGGAGCCCUGGACAAUAUGAGCAUCUUUAACGACCUGUGGAUGGAUUUUUCUGAAAAUAUGAACAACGACAUGAGGACAGACAAUCUGAAGAAGGUACACCUCUACUUUUUCUUCCUCCGUAUAUGUAAACUACUCUACUACAACAUAAGACCCAUUUUCAUAUUUGACGGAACACCCCCCGAAUUGAAAAGAAAAACCAUUUUCCAAAGAAAUAUUAAGAGAAGAAACCAUGAGGAAAAGUUCAAAAAAACUGCCGAAAAAAUUAUUUACAAUUAUUAUCAAAGGUCUCUCUUAAAAUCGAUGAAAAAUAAAAGGAGUACUUCAAAAAAGAAGAAUCAAAAUGAAGAAGGGGGUAUCUCUCAAGGGAGGUCAUCCUCAUCUGUUGGAUUAAACACCAAUGUGGAGAGUAACCCUGCUCCUUCUUCUUCACCACAACCGAAUCAUACAUAUGAACUGAUCGAAAUAUAUGAUAGCAUUAAAGAAAAUGAUGCCUCUCUUGGGAGCAUGGUAGAGCACAUAGGUAACGUACCUGUUAGCGUGAAGGAUGUUUUAAACAUAUGUAACGAUGAAGAUUUGAAGAAGAUACAGAACAAGGUUCUUAUGAUUAGCGAUUUAGAGGUACAAGCUGGGGGGAUGAGUGGAGAGAUAAAAGGGAAGGAGUUGACAAGUGAUCGAAAGGAGACAGCAGAAAGGGACAACAGAGGGGUGGACAGUGCUGUAGAGGAGGGAAGGACCAACGACGAGGAUGAAUAUGCAGCCAGCCUGGGAGGAGAAUACCCAGCAGAGGGUGAACACCUAAAUCAUAUGGACAACAAAAUUGACGAAGAAAUUGUGAGGAAGAAACACAUGGCUAGGAAGAAGUACUACGAGAGCAUCCCCAAGAAUUUCAAAGGGUUCUUAUGCAUGCGUCGACCGGUCGAUAUUAUCGACAUAAGCAACUACAGUUCGGACAUUUUGGAGUUCACGCGCAAGUUGGGGGAGGGGGGUGAAGCGGAUGAAGCGGUUGGAGUGGAUGAUGUGGAUGAAGCUGGUGAAGUGGAUGAUGUGGACGAAGCGGUCGAGCAGGGCACACCGGAGAAGGACCCCACAAAGGGUUAUACCCGCCUCGAGGGGGAGGUCGAAACGCCGUUAGCGGUGGGAGGUAGGAAGAAGGGUAGCGUGGAGAAGAGGGCAGGACCGGACAAGGCACACCUUCUCCCCAGCGAUGGGGACACCCCGGAAAAGGAAGACCCCGAUGAGGAGAAGCCCCACGAGGAGGACCCCGAUGAGGAGAAGCCCCACGAGGAGGACCCCGAUGAGGAGAAGUCCCACGAGGAGGAGCCCCACGAGGAGAAGCCCCACGAGGAGGAGCCCCAUGAGGAUAAGCCCAGCCGGGAGAAGCCCAGCCGGGAAGAGAUCAACGUCCUGGAGCUGCCCUCCACCCUUGACCGGGGCGAGCUAUUCCGCGAGGGGAAAGACGAAUACAAAGUAUACUACGUAAACAACGAGGAAAUAAAAAUCCCACUAUUCAAGGAAUUAAACAAGGAUGUGUUUGAAAAGCUACCAAUAAAAUUGCAGUACCAAAUUUUGCAAGACAUUAAGGAGGAGUGGUAUGUGGACAAUAGGGUAAAGGCCAUAAAGGCCAAAGAUGACAUGGAUAUAUUUUCGCAAGUACAGUUGGAGACCUACGUGAGGAUGAUUAAGACAGACUUUGAAAUUGAGAAACUGAAAAUAAAGAUGGCAGAAAAUAUACAGAACACGGAGGGAGAACUUAUCAUUAAUAAAGAAUUGUCAAAACAGUUGGACAGUCUAAGCAUUAGGGAUUACAACGAUGGGAAAAAUGACCAGUACCAGGAGCUGUACGUUAAGGGGGAGGAAGACGAGGAGGGGGGACUCCUGACGAAUGCCCAUUUGGGAGGAGAGAGGCUCGUAGAGGGGGAAGAAGAAGGUAGUGUGCGCCACGACCAGCGCACCUGUAUAGAGGCCUAUGGGCAAGUAGAACUGGCCAGAAGGAGGGGCGUAACUAGGCCCAAAAGGGAACAGCGCGGGGGGGACAACGAUUCGGAUAACGAUCCGGGGAACGAUCCGGAGAACGAGAAAAAGGCGGUGGUCAAAAUGGAAAACGAAUUUAAGAAGAACCUGCUGCUCGAUGAUGAGGAGCUUUUCGGGGAAGACCUCCUUCGAGAGGUGGAGGAAGAGGGGCGGCAAGUUGAGGGGAAGAAGGCAGAGGACGAGCAAGCGGAGGGGCAUCCCCUCCAGGGAAGAACCCCCCCCGAGGGGGAAACGCAACCUGAGGCGAAACAGGCAGAUGCAGGGGAGCAGAUCACCCUGUUGAGACAGGCUGAUAUCCACGAGAAUGGGGACUCUGCCCCAAGCGUUCACAGCAGUGGAGAUGACUUCGAAAAUUGCAGUGUUGACGAGAAGGAGCAGAGGGAGGAAGACGUGGAGGGGCAAAUAGGGGAAGACGUGGGGGGGCUACAAAUCGCGCAGGACAUGAUUGACCUAACCAGCAGGGAUGAACAGACGGAGAUGCCAAUCCAAAUUUAUGAUGAAGAAGAAAUGUGUGAGGCAUCCAAUGAGCCACACAUCGGUGGUGAGAAGGAAGCACGUGAUGAAGUGACGCUCAUUCUGAGGGAAGCUCCCCCAGGAGGGGAAAGGGCACAGGUUGAGUCCCCGCCCCUGCAUGAUAAGGUACACAGUUUAAUAGUUAAUUCCUCGAGUGGGGAGGACUCUGCGGAAGGGGAAGCCCCUCCCGAGGGGGAAUCCUCCGCCUAUGGGGACCCCUUCUCUUCAGAGAUGCCCCCGUCGACCUCCAUCGAGUUGGCGGCUGAAACGGAGUACUCGAGUGCGCCUCAGCCCAUCAGUGGGGACGAGCAGAAAAUCUGCGAGGCGAUGAAAAAGGUGAAGGAAAAGGUAAGGCGAUUUAUUAGCAAAGACGAAAUAAGCAAGCUGCUUCUGAACAAGGUGGAUCUGGGCACGGUGGGGAAGGAGAGUUACUUAGAGAACCUACUGAACAAUAAGGUGUUGCUGGACAGGUUUGGCGUGGGAGGGGAGGCUCGCGAUGAGGCCCGCGAUGAGGCCCGCGAUGAGACCCGCGAUGAGGCCCGCGAUGAGACCCGCGAUGAGGCCCGCGAUGAGACCCGCGAUGAGGCACGCGGUGACACCCGCGGUGGAGGAAUGCCGUGUAAGGAAGCCCUAGAUGGGGGAGUCCUCACCGGCGAACUCCUAAAUGGAGAAGCCCCCCCGGAUGACCGCGAACAGCUGCGAGAUAGCCGCGUGCUGGACGCCUACCUGGACAAAACGAACAAAGAGAAUGAGCAGCUACUGAAUGAGUAUAAAAAGUUGAAAAAAAACAAUAUCGAAAUAAAUGAAGAAAUUAAUGAAGACAUAAAAAUUUUAUUGAACAUGUUUGGGAUACCUUAUGUACAAUCCCCAUGCGAAGCAGAAGCACAGUGUUCCUAUCUGAAUUGCAAAAAUUAUUGUGACGCUAUCAUAAGUGACGAUUCCGAUGUACUUGUAUUUAAUGGCAAAACAGUAAUUAAAAAUUUUUUCAACAGAAAAAAAACGGUAGAGGUAUAUGAAAGGAAGCAUAUAGAGGAUAAAUUGGGUCUAUACCAAGACGAACUGAUUAACUUGUCAUUGCUAUGCGGAUGUGAUUAUACGAUUGGAGUUCACGGAGUAGGAAUAGUAAACGCUUUGGAAAUUAUUAAAGCUUUUCCUACCUUUGACGAUUUGAAAAAACUGAAGGAGAUCGUAUCGAAUCCCUUUAGAGACCUCAGCAAGGAUGACAAAUAUUUUCACAACGAGGAAGUUCACAAUGAGGAAGUAAAGAAUUUUCUGAAAAGUCAUAAAAAUUAUAAAUUUAAUUGGAUCUUUCCAAAAAAUUUUCCAGAUAGGGAAGUAUACAAAUGCUUCAAAUACCCCAAGGUAUGUACAGACAUACAAAAAUUUCAAUGGCAUUUUCCAAACCUCAGUCAUAUUACCAAAUUUUUACACAAAGCGACUAAUAUUGCGGAAGAAAAAAUUUUUAAUGUACUUAAUCCCAUUUUGCAGAAGUAUGAUGUUAAGGUCAGAAGUUAUCAACUCAAAAUUGAUGAUUUUUUUCCCAUCAUUGAGAGGAAAAGAAAGAGCGUUGAUGAUUUGAUUGACAUUAUUCGGGAUACUCAGAAGGGGAAAAGAAGGGACAGCAACAGUGCUAAGAGAGGCAAAGGGGGGAAGGGCGGUAAGGGAAGUAUUGGAGGUAGUCCCCCAUUGGGUAGAGACAUCACUUCUCUCAUUGACUUCAACCCUGCGGGGGUCAUUCGGUCCAAGCGCAUGACCACGGCACUGGACCACAUAAAGGGCCGCGGACGCUCCCGCAAAAGGGGCACCCCGGGAGAGACGCGGCGUUAA